UGGAGAACUACGAGGUGAGCGAGAAGCUUCAGAUGCUUUCCAAGUUGUUGACAAUGGAGUAUUUGGUUCAUCCUGGUACACUCAGCUUGGCUGCUGGAGUUGCUUGUGGCAUGUGCCUGGGCUGGGGCCUCCGGAGCCACCUUGGAAUCUUCCCCCAGAACUCAACAAGCGAGACAAACCGAGACACAGAGAUGGGAACCGAAGCAAGCAUCUUGGGAGAGAGUGGGGAAUACAAAAUGAUUCUUGUGGUUCGAACUGACUUAAAGAUGGGGAAAGGAAAGGUCGCUGCCCAGUGUUCCCAUGCUGCGGUCUCUGCCUACAAGCAGAUUCAAAGGAGAAACCCUCAGGUGCUCAAAGAGUGGGAAUACUGUGGCCAGCCCAAAGUGGUGGUCAAAGCUCCAGAUGAAGAUUCCCUCAUUCAAUUACUCACCCAUGCAAAAGCCUUGGGAUUGACUGUAAGUUUAAUCCAAGAUGCCGGACGUACUCAGAUUGAACCAGGCUCUCGAACUGUCCUGGGAAUUGGGCCAGGACCAGUAGAACUAAUUGAUGAAGUUACUGGCCACCUAAAACUUUACUAGAUAAGCUUUUGCUUGAUGGUGAUUCUGUCCAAAGACUAUGGAGCCUCUCAGUAACAAUAAAUGCGUAAUUCUUAUCCCCACUUUAAAAUCUGUUCCCAUGUUUCUCUGUCAUAUACUGGACCAUUAAUAUCUUGAGCUUAAAAUACUAUUGAAGGCUGGAGAGAUGGCUCAGUGGUUAAAAGCACUGACUGCUCUUCCAGAGGUCCUGAGUUCAAAUCCCAGCAACCACAUGAUGGCUUAAAAUCAUCUAUAAUGGGAUCUGAUGCCCUCUUCUGGUGUGUCUGACGCCAGCUACUGUGUACUUAUAUAGAUAAAUCUUUAUAGAUAAAUAGAUAAAUCUUUAUAAAAAAAUUUUAGAAAAAAAAUACUAUUGAAGUGGUAGAGAAAUGCCUCAGUGAUUAAGAACACUUGUUCUUCUUGCAAAGGAUGGUGCAGGUUCAGUUUCCAGUAUCCGGAUGUCAGUUUACAACCAUCCAGAUCCAGUUCCAGGAAAUCCAAAACUCAAUCACCAAGCAUACACAGCAUCCAUAGACAUGCAGGCAAGCCCUCAUAAAUGCAAAGAAUACAAAGUAAGUCUCAAGACUAACUAUGCAUUCCCUAGAUGCUCCUGCAGAGUGAUCGGGUCUAAAACAGACUGGAAGCGAGACAGUGUUCAUGAUGCUGCUGGGUGAAAGGAAGCUACACUUCCCAUGUACAGUUAUUGCAAUUUUUUCUGCUGCUUUUAGAAUGACUGAUAACCUCUUUUGAUUAUUAACAGACCAUUGCCUAGACCCACUGUGCAAUUCUGAUUGCAGCUUUAACUAGCUGGGUGUUUUUUAGGUGGCCUCAUACCAGGCUAAUCUUGAACUUCUGGUAUUUCUCCUGCCUUGACCUCCCACCUGUUGGGAUUGAAAGAAUGAGCCAUCAUACCCAGCUACUCUCGAAAUUCAUUUCUACUGAAUAGUUGAAAUUUUAAGAUCUUGUGGCAUUUUGAUGCUUAUUUCUUCUGAUCCACUUGGUCCAAGAUACUUCACAGUGAUUCUAAUUCAUAAACUAUGAAAAUUCCUGUACUUAACCAGUGAAACCAAUGAGUUUGUGAAGUGAACUUUGAGAAUUUAGGGGAACUAAGGGACUGAAGUUGUGUCCAAUCAGUUUCUCCUGGGAAUUUUAUUAUUUAAGGGCACUUUUUCUCACUGUAUCCCUGAGCCUGGAACUCACUAUGGAGUAGGCUGAUCUAAACUCAGAGGUGCUCCUACCUCUGCCUCCCAGUGCCAGGAUUAAAAACGCGCACUGGCAUGUCUGUCUACAUAAAGCUUUCUUGACAGUCUUGUUAGAAUUCAUUUUUCUUGAUAGUUCUAGAAGGUUGACAGUGAUUUGUAAGUUCAUUAUAUCCUUUAUAACUAUAAUGAUGUUAAGGAGAGUAAGACCGUAAGUGGGAACUAGGUAGAAUGAUGAAGACAGCUGUAGGCAGUCACCAAGUUAAAUGCUUGGUGCAUUUUUAUCAUACAGAAGCAUGAAUGGUACAGGAGCAAUCACAACACUGAGUGAUGCCACAGUAGCAACAGUUUCUAGACAGAAUGUUUAUACAGGAGUCAAGUGAUGCAACCACAAGUAACUGAGGUGAACUUAACCUUAAUACGUGAUUAGGACUCAGGUUAUUUAUGAGGCUUGCUGCAGACAAAUGCUCCCACACUAAAAGACUAGAUUCCCAGCAGGAUGCCGGGGGUGGCUGAUUCAAGGACCUGUAAUAAGCUCGGGCUUACCUACAAGGACACAAUAAAAAUUGCUAAUUCUGGUGACAAGUCACGGCAUUUUUCUGGUUCACCUAUUCUUGUUAUAUACUUCGUAGGACUUACCGAGUAGCUCUCAAAGCAUACUCGCUACAUAACUUGUUUUCAUUAGCUUGAAUGAAAGGCAUUUUCUCUGGUGUGUUCCUACUGGUGAUCUACAUGAACAAGCGACCAUCAUAGCCUUCACAGCCCCACAUUCACAGUCAAGUUUCACUUGUCCUGAUGAAGCAAUUAAAGAGAGCAGUAUUUUUCUUUCUUAGCAUAUGUAGGGGAGGGGCUUUGGGAACUGAAAGCUGGGCAGUAGAAAGUUUUUUUCAGGGAAGUCCUCAUUGGUAGGUGGCCCACACUCCUGUAGAUGGCCCAACAUGCUUUCACACAAUGUCAGCAUUGAUUGAACUCGGUGCACUGUUAUGAAAAAGUGAUUAACCUGAGAGGGAGAUGAGGGUUGGGGUGCUAGGGUCAGUACAUUGUAUACUUGACUGAAAUUCUCAGCAAAUAAAAAAAUGACUAAAAACA